GUUCAGUCGCUAAGCUAGCAAUGUGGCGAGGAGUUAUACUAAUCAGCUGCUGUUUCUGGACGCUCACCGAGGCGGGAGCACCAUGUGGCCUCCAGAUGGAGUGCGUGCCCAAAGGACUGUGCAAGUCGGGCGCCUGGAAUCAGAACCUGUGCCAGAACUCGGAAACCUGCUGUCACACUUCUCAAAUGUUAGUUGUCGGUGCGCCGAUUAACUGCGGCAGGAGCAAUCCCAAUGGCCUGGAUCCCACAGCUGCAGUGGCCGCCGAUCAGGCGAAACCCAAUCAGUUCCCUUGGACGGUGGCUCUGAUGCAUAACAUGAUCGACUUCUUUGGCGCGGGAACUCUGGUCACCGAAAACGUGGUGAUCACCGCUGCCCACCUGGUGCAUGAUAAGACCAUCAACGAUUUUGUGAUCCUCGGCGGCGCUUGGGACAUAAACCAGCUGUACAGCAAAACGAUUCGGUUGCGAACUGCGGCCAGGAUUGUAGUGCAUCCGGGUUUCAGUAUCAUAUUCGGGAUAAACAACAUAGCCCUAAUCGUGCUGGCUAUUUCGUACGAGAUCACGCCGCACAUUGCACCCAUCUGCUGGCCCACGCCCGGAGUGUCCUUCGAUCGGGAACGCUGCCUGGUGGCCGGUUGGGGCAAGCAGAAUUCCCUGGCCAAGAGCUAUUCGCACAAGCAGAAGCGCAUCGAGUUGCCCGUCGUGAGCAGGUCCACUUGCGAGUCGCUAUUGCGGAGAACGGCUCUGGGCCGCAACUUCCAGCUGGACCCCAGUCUUCUCUGUGCGGGCGGGGAGAAGGGGCGGGAUGCCUGCCGGGGCGACGGUGGAUCCCCGUUAAUGUGUCCCAUUCUCGGACAGCCGACGCUCUACGAGUUCGCCGGCAUUGUGAACGGUGGCUUGUCCUGCGGACAGCAGAAUGUGCCUGCCCUGUACACGAACAUCUCGCACAUGAGGCCCUGGAUUGAGAAGCAACUUAAUGACGAACUCAAUAAGCCGUACAAGACAUUUCCCAUCUAUGAUAUAUCCUAUGACUAAA